UUGACAGAAUGGUGAUUUACAUGGCACUGAUGAAAAUAGGUAUAAACCUUGAUAGCAUUUAUAUCUUCAGCGUGUCAGUUUACUGAAUGUUGACUUAAAUUUCAAGUUUGGAAGUCACUCAUUAACCAACUAGCAACCCAAAAAAUAGCAUGACCUCGGUGUCUCUCCUCCCCUUGGCUAUCCCUCUGUCAUUUUUUCUGCCAUGCACUUACUGACACCACUAUUUUGGACACAGUCCGGACUGCUUCAUUAACACUGAAUUUUCAGAGACCACUGAGAGGACUGAGGAAAACUGAGACUCACAUACCCGCCCUGUUUGUGAAACUGCUAUAUAUAACAUAUACAUAUCUGUAACAUACAGUCCAGCCAUCUGAGCAAGCUGAGCAAGCACAUGACAAACUGCCAAACCUGCCAAGAGCUCCUUUCUAACCCUACGGAGGACUCCGUCAACAGUGCAGACAUUAAACUGCAGAAUAAACAACCCUAACACCACAGUAUAAACAGUAUAAAUAGAGGCACACACGCACACACGUGUACCACAAGCGCAUACACAGGUAGGAUACACACAAUCUGUGAUGUCACUUCUUUUCCGGCCAUCAUUCCAUCACUUCCUGUCAGUCCGUCGCCUGGGAACUGCUGCUCCCAAGACACUGAAUGGCAGACGUGUAGUGGCAGCCCCUCACCUGGGCAGCAAUGCCCUCCCAGCAACCCUGACCUUUGAGGACCCCAGUGCUUUCCGUGUGAAGAGCUUAGGAGAGCUGCUGCGAGCCCUGGGAGUCUUCAGACUCUGUUCAGUCCCCUUUCUGGUCAAUAACUGUGGAAAGCUCAUGUCUCUUGCUCGCUCUCUACUGGGAAAGAGAGGUUUCUCUCUGGUGCUCCGCCCCACUGUCUAUGCCCAGUUUGUUGCUGGGGAGACUGAAAAGGAGAUUGCUGUUGCCAUGGAGAAAAUGAGCUCGCUGGGAUUGCGCCCCAUGCUGGCCGUUCCCAUUGAAGAGGACAUCGGAGAGAGCACUGGAGAGAAUCGUUACAAUGACAACCUGGAGGCCAUGUUGGAGUGUGUGCGCAUAUCCCAUAGCAACGCCUGGACUACAGAUCCAAUGAUGCAACUGAAGGUUACCGCACUGCUGAGCCCAGAGCUGUGUGUCAAGCUGACCUCCCUCAUCUCAGAACAACAGUAUGAUCUGGACCUGCUAGUGAGAGCCAUGGAUGGAGAGUCUGUCAGCUUCCCAGGUCUGACUGACAGUGAAAACAUGCAUUUUCUCUGUAGCCUCCAGAGACUCAACAAAGUCGGAGAGGCCAGUGUGAUGAAGGUACGAGUUCUGGUUGAUGCAGAAUAUACCUACAUGAACCCCGCCCUCUCCCUUGUCACCAUGGCAAUGAUGAAGAAGUUCAAUCAGAAUGGUGCCUGGAUCUGGAACACCUAUCAGUGCUACCUCAAGGAGUCAAGGUCUCUGUUACUUGAUGCAAUCAGUCAAUCUCUGAAUCAGUCCUUCUGUCUGGGAGUGAAGCUUGUUCGAGGGGCCUACAUGGAUAAGGAAAGGAAGCUGGCCGAUCAGGAGAGAAGGCCAGACCCUAUUCAUGAGUCAUGGGAGCACACCAAUGACAGUUAUAACGGCUCUCUAGACAUCAUGCUGGACCUGAUUUCCCAGAAUCCUGAGCGAUAUCGCGUCAUUGUGGCAACACACAAUGAGGAGUCAGUCAGACAUGCAGUUUCACGGAUGGCAGCGUUGGGAAUAGACAAGAGUAUUGGCUCGGUGUGUUUUGGACAGCUGCUGGGGAUGUGUGACCAUGUAUCGCUCACUUUAGCCCAGCAGGGGUACCCAGUGUACAAGUCGGUGCCCUAUGGCUCGGUGGAUGAUACAGUGCCCUAUCUGGUGCGCCGUGCCCAGGAAAACCGCACUGUACUGCAGGGAAUCCGCAAAGAGAGGGACCUGCUGAGACAGGAGCUGAGGAGGAGACUGAGAAAGGGGCUUAUGGGAGGCAGGAAGAGAAAGUGAUGAAAGAGGCGGGGGGUAGGGUUGAGAGGUAGGAUGAUGGAAGAAGGAUGUAGGCACCAGGGUGGUUAAAGGAGUUGACCAGUAAAGCCUGGAAUGGUUUGAAAAGGCAAACGCUAGAAGGCAUAAAUUGUGCUCAAUGAUGAGGAAGAGAGGAAGAGAGGGAGAGAAGGAGAAUGCUAAGUUGGGGGGAGGUUGAUUUUCUUUCCUGAAAUAA